AUGGACAGAUCAAUUACAGUGGGCUUCACUGUAGAGGUAAUUAAUCGGAGGACUGAUAUUAAUUUUGUCUCGCUGCACUUGGAUUUAUUUGGAGUUGCCAUUAGAGCCGCCGAGGAACUAGAUCACCCAUUUGGUCAUAGAUACGAUCGCACUGAGGAACUAGAUCAACCCUUUGCUAAUCAUAUAGUUUUGUGGAAUUUAGCGACCUACAAAUACUUUGAGUUAUCAUAUUCAGAAGUUGAAUAUUCCGCUGGCCUUUCAGUCGUCACUGAUUACUUAAAUAUAGGUUUGGAUUCAUGGAAGAGUGUUGGAGUUUCAUUGAACUUGAAUUGUUACAACAAUUCUGUCAUUCUGCACACAAGUCAUCAUUGCAAUUAUGACAUUUUUGUUAGCGGUGUCGUACACUGGAUGGGGGAAAGGAGCGCUUGCGGGUUGGUGGAUUACACUGAUUAUGAAAGUCUCAUUGUGGCUUUUGAUCUUGCAAAAGAUGAAGUUAUAUUUGUCCCUUGUUUUGACUUAUCUGAUCCAACUUGCGAGAAGAUCUUGGGGACUGUUCAUGGUUGCCUUUGUUUGUUUUGCUACCAUUAUUCUAAAUACAGUAAUGAAUUGUGGGUGAUGAAGGAUUACAGAAUCAAGAAAUCUUGGACUAAAAUCUUUACUCAGACAAGUACGAAUUACAUGUACAUAAGACUCAUUGACCAUUCAAAGAGUAAAAGUACAAUGGUUUUGGAAGUAAACAAAAACAAGCUGGCAUGGUACAAUUUCGAAGAGGAAGAGGAACCUAUAACAGAAAUUGAUAUUAAUUGCAUAGAGUUUUCUACAGAGGCAUGCGUUAAUCAUGAAAGCCUAGUUGGCCUCAAAUAG